AUUCUGCAGGCGGCACUGGCUGCUUUAGACAGCCUGAAGCAAUUUCUGUUAACUAAUCUAUACAUGAAAACAGAGAUAACCGUGUUGUGCUCAGUAAAUGAGUUUAUGCAGGCAGACGACUAGCUGCUCUAUUAGCAGUCAGCAUGCAUUGGCUGGAGCUCUGAGAGUAAGCUGCUCUGGCUGCCAGCUGGCUUGAGAUGAUGGGACCUCUUUGCUCUUGAGCAGUUAACCAAGGAAUUUGCCUACAGGGAAACCUGGGGCUGCCUGAAGCUCUGCUCGUCAGGCUCACAUGAUCUAGUGAGCUACAUUGCUAUUUCCACACCAGUCACUUACUGCUGAAAAUAUUUUUGUGGGGAAAUUUGCUAAAAAUGUCACAGCAAACCUAGAGGGCACAUCAGGAGGUUGCUGGGGCCAGUUGCUUAACUUAACUUAACUUGGGUGCACUGGAGUGGGGCAGUGCUGGGCUCCAACCUUUUGCUGUAGGAGCAACCCUUAGGAGCGCAGCCACUGCUUGGUGCUGGCUUGUAUGCACAAACCUUCAGAGCAGCAGUGAUGCUGGGCCUGCUGAUAGGUAAUGCCACACCUGUUAGUAGCUGCUCUGAAUAAGAAAGCUGUUUUACGUUUGGGAGGGGGCAAAAGAAGACUGUUAGAAGUUCAGUGUGAAUGCUCCUGGCUAGGAAUCAGCGCAGAAAGGUCAAUGUUGGGGAGCCAGUGAGAGUGUAAACAAGGCUGAGCUCUGAAGUGGGGCUGGGUUGUUUACAGCUCUGCUCAGAGGAGGGGGGCUUUCUCAUGCACUCAGGCUGCUCUUGGCAGAGCAGGACUCUGCUGGAGUCAUCUUCUGUAUACAACUUGCUGCUGUUCUGAGACAGCAGGCUGCGAGCAUUCUGUCUCUCCAGCAGAUGGUUGGGCCUCCUGUUGUGUGGUGCAAAGCACUGCUGAGCAGAGAUCAGUGUCUCGGCCAGAAGAUGACAGCUGGAGUAGGCGCUUCUCAGGUGGGAGACAGGCUGACCUGGCAAGAGCUCAGUACAAGGUUAAGCUGCAGCGGUGCAGAACAAACGCUCCGUGACUCUUGAAGUGGGACAGGGAUUCUUCCUGACACACUGCAUGGCUGUAUUGUCUGGGCAGGCCACAUCAAAAGCAGCACAAAAUGCUUGAAAUCACCAAACCGUGAUGGUAACAAGGAUGGAGGAGCAGUCAUUGCUUGAGCCCCUGGCUGGCCUGAAAGAUUUAUCUCAAAGUUAAUGGCCCGUUUCAGGCCUUUGAUGGCCAUAGCAACUGUGUGGAGGUGGUGCUGUUGUUCUAAAGCUGUUCAGUAGGAGCCCACUGUCACAUAGCAGCCGCUUCCAGGUUUGAAGCAGGACCAUGGACUGUCACCGAGCAGCUCUCAUUUGCAUCACCAGGAACAGCAGCAGCGUCUCUGUCCUCGGAAGGUCGCUCACGGCACCCAUGUCCUCAUGGUGUUCUCCUGGCCUGGCUGUACUCAGCCCUGCGAUCGUGCUGGGAAGCACAGCUCAUGCUGCACCCUCGCAGGUCAGCUGAUGCAACUACAGGAAAGUGACUUAGCUCUGAGUGUACUUGGCACCAUCAGUACGCAAGCAGCUGGCUCCCAUCGCCUGGUGCUUGCAUUUGUGUCCUUUCCCUGGCAUGCUCGUGUGUGUGUGAGGACUUGCUGCUGGAAGUUCUGAGCUUCUCUGGAGGGCUGUCCAUGCGGAGCAGCAGGUUUGACCCCUUGGAUGGGCACAUCAACAGGUGGGCGGUAAGACGAGACACCAACCUCUGCCCAAAAGUGGGAGGCUCCGGCCUGGGCAGCUCAAUUACCAAGUAUCAGAGUAAGCAGCAUGAGCUUCACGUCCCCAAAAUAGCCCCCAGAGCCUAUAUAAUGCCAUGCCACUGGAGAACCAUCAGUCCUGGGCCUGGAGUGGUGCACCGCCGUCGCACCGUCCCACGGGCCCAGCAGGCUGCUCACAACAGGCCCAGCGGGGCCAGGCUCCAUCGCACCUCCUGGCAGAGACGGGCCUGCAAGGGAGAGGAGAAAGCGGUGCUCCGAGGGCAGCACGGGCCGAGUGCUGCCCACACGGCUGUCGUGCAGCCUCCACAUUCCUGCGCAGCAUCUCAGGGCUGCGGGCAGCAUGAAGGACUAUUUCCCAGUCUCAAUGCACCGGUACAGUCGAUAUCGCCAGAGACUGAGAGCUUCGCGUACGGUGCACUUCCCCAACGACGUCAUCUUUCAGGACCACAUCAGGCAGGGGGACCUGGAGCAGGUGGGCAGGUUCAUACGUACCAGGAAAGUGGCUCUGGACACCAUCUACCCCUCCGGCAUGGCCGCCCUGCACCAAGCGGUGCUCACGGGGAACCUGGACUGCGUCAAGCUCCUGGUGAAGUACGGCGCUGACAUCCACCAGAAGGACGAGAACGGGUGGACGCCCCUGCACAUGGCCUGCAGCGACGGCCACGCCGACAUCGCCAGGUACCUCCUGUCGCUGGGGGCCAGCCUGGAGGCCACCACGGACGACGGGGAGAAGCCGUCGGACCUCAUCGACCCCGAGUACAAGGACCUGGUGGAGCUUUUCCAGGCCGCCACGAUGGACUGAUGGGAACGGGCGUCACGGCCGGGCAGCGGGGCUGCACGGGGCUCGGGCUGGGUCCGGGCGGGGCCGCGGGGCUCGCUUUGUACUUUUCCAAUAAAGCUUUCGGACACGG